AUGCUCCAUCCCCGGGAGCUCCUGCGAGCUCCUGCACCGUGUCCCUGCAGUUCUCCGGUGCACCCAAGUUGGAGCGCUGAGGGCAGGAGAGAAGCAGAAGCAUUCAAGGAGCAAGGAAACGCGUACUAUGCCAAGAAAGAUUACAACGAAGCGUACAACUACUACACGAAAGCCAUAGAUACCUGUCCCAAUAAUGCCAGUUAUUAUGGGAACAGAGCUGCCACGCUCAUGAUGCUGGGGAGGUUCCGAGAAGCACUGGAGGAUGCUCAGCAGUCGGUCAGGUUGGACGACAGCUUUGUGCGGGGCCAUCUGCGGGAAGGGAAGUGCCACCUUUCCCUAGGGAAUGCCAUGGCUGCCAGUCGCUGCUUUCAACGAGUUUUAGAACUGGAUCAUAAGAAUACCCAGGCACAGCAGGAGCUGAAGAAUGCCACGACCGUGCUUGAGUAUGAAAAAAUAGCCGAGGUGGAUUUUGAGAAACGGGAUUUCAGGAAGGUUGUGUUUUGCAUGGAUCGUGCUCUGGAGUUUGCUCCCGCAUGUCACCGGUUCAAAAUCCUCAAGGCCGAGUGUUUGGCGCUGCUGGGCCGGUACCCCGAGGCUCAGUCUGUGGCCAGUGAUAUCCUGCGGAUGGACUCGACGAACGCCGACGCGCUGUACGUGCGCGGGCUGUGCCUGUACUACGAGGACUGCAUCGAGAAGGCCGUGCAGUUCUUCGUGCAGGCCCUCAGGAUGGCCCCGGACCACGAGAAGGCCUGUCUUGCCUGCCGGAAUGCCAAAGCACUUAAAGCGAAGAAGGAAGACGGGAAUAAAGCAUUCAAGAAAGGCAACUACAAACUAGCAUAUGAACUGUACACAGAGGCACUAGGAAUAGACCCAAAUAAUAUCAAAACAAAUGCCAAACUCUACUGUAACAGGGGGACGGUUAAUUCAAAGCUUAGGAAACUUGAAGAAGCAAUCGACGACUGCACGAACGCGGUGAAACUGGACGACACGUACAUCAAGGCAUACCUGAGGAGGGCACAGUGUUACAUGGACACAGAACAAUAUGAAGAUGCUGUAAGAGACUAUGAGAAGGUUUAUCAGACAGAGAAAACAAAAGAACACAAACAGCUCCUAAAGAACGCACAGGUGGAACUGAAAAAGAGCAAACGGAAAGACUACUACAAAAUCCUGGGGGUGGACAAAAAUGCCUCUGAAGAUGAGAUCAAGAAGGCUUACAGGAAACGAGCACUAAUGCACCAUCCAGAUCGACACAGUGGGGCAAGUGCAGAAGUACAGAAAGAAGAGGAGAAGAAAUUUAAGGAGGUUGGUGAAGCCUUUACAAUCCUGUCAGAUCCCAAGAAGAAGGCCCGCUACGACAGCGGGCAGGAUCUGGAAGAGGAUGGAUUGAAUAUGGGAGACUUUGAUGCAAAUAACAUCUUCAAGGCCUUCUUUGGCGGGCCGGGAGGCUUCAGCUUCGAAGCUUCUGGUCCUGGAAAUUUCUUUUUCCAGUUUGGCUAAGAAGCAAACAAACACAAAUAAAACCACACAUACCUGAUCUGCUUCUUUUAACCUCGAGUACGGACAGCCCCAGACUCCUCCUCCAUCACGUCUCGUUGUCCUUAGAGCAGUUUCAUUUCUGGGUUGGAGCCUCUGUUUGUGUGUUGUGUGCGUGAAGAGGAAACCAGCUCGGGAGGGGAAGGCUUGUGAAUUUUGUUUUACUGUUAACUUUAUUAAAAAAAAAAAAUAAAAAUAAAGCUUUGAAUCUUUUGGUCCCUCCAUGCUGGCCCAUGCUUUCAGCUGCUCCUGCCCCUCAGCACAGAGGAUUUCCCGGCAUUUUCCCGGAAUCUCCAUGUGUGAGAGGGUGAAGGAAUCUCCUGGUUUAUUUUGGUUGGCUCUGAAGCAGCAUGUCCAGGGUUUCGAGUAACUUGUAAGUUAUCCUAAUUUUUUGGAAAUAUUGCCAACACUCAAUCCAGUUUUGUACAAUCCUGUUUCACCUGCCAGCUGGAUUUUUGGCUCUUUUUAUUUCUUUUUUUUCCCAUGGUUCUCCCAAGGUCCACUCGGGCAUUAACUUUAGUGAUAAUGUGUGAGCUUACAAUUCUGUAUCAGAGAAAUGCUGCUUUGAGUUUAAAGAGCAGCUUAUGUGAGAAUUCCCUGUGAUGCAGCUGGAAUUAAGGGCUUUGUGUUCCCAGGAUUGUCCUGUUUAAGGGAAUAUUGAAUUUGCUCUGGGCUGAAUUCCUUCACUGUACUUUUUUUAAUUAAUCCACUUGAAUAUUUCAUAUUUGUGCUGAA